AUGGAAGGAGAUUUUGCAACUACAGAAUCUUUUUAUUCUAAUCAGCAUGGCCACAUUUCUUUCCAUGACAUAAUACUCAGGGAUACUGCUGUAUUUUCUCAAUUUGAAAAAGCCAUCAGAUAUAACUCUACUUUGUUCAAAGAUAAAAUUGUAUUGGAAAUUGGUUCUGGAACCGGAAUUUUUUCUAUGAUGGCUGCAAAAUCAGGAGCUAAGCAUGUCUAUGCAUGGAAACCAUCAUUAUUAAAUAUUUAUUCCAAAAAAACUAUCGAAGAUAAUAAUUUGCAAGAUAAAAUCACAAUUUUAAGUCAAAAUUUAGAAGAAAUCAAGCUAGAGGAGAAAGUAGAUGUCAUUUUUACUCUUUGUUUCGGAUAUGGAGUAAUUUAUGAAUCUUAUUUUCCUCAUUUCUUAAAAGCAAAAGAAUUAUUUCUAUCGGAAAACGGAAUAACUAUUCCUUCAAAGAUAGAUCUAAUAAUUGCUCCACAAAAAGUAUCACAAAUACGACGACAAUUAGCUCAAUAUUCUAAUUAUUGGGAUAACGAUGUUUAUGGAUACAACUAUAAAGCUAUGAAUGAACUUGUUGAUUCAUCAGUUAAUAUUGAUUACUUAAUUCCUACUUCAAUUUCUUCAUCACCUCAUAUUUUCAAAUCAAUAGUUACAUCUGAGGCAAAAACAGAUUUAUCUCUUAACGGAAACUUUGAAUUUACAAUAGAAAGCGACCAAGAGCUUGAAGGUUUUGGUUCUUGGUUUGAUAUUCAAUUCCCUACUUCAACCGAGCCAAUAAUUGUCUCAACAGCUCCAUCGUGCGAAAACUUGACACAUUUUUGUCAAUUGGCUUUCCAUUUUCCAAAAUCAAUUGAUGUCAAGAAAGAUGACGUUAUUUCUGGAUCAGUUAAUAUUAGUUAUCAGGGAGAUAAAUGUUCUCCGUUGAUUUAUGAUAUUUCCUAUAAGAUUAAUGACUCAGAUCCGAUUUCUCAGAAAUACAUUCUGAAAUAA